AUGGCCGAGUCGGUAUUGGACACUCCCCGAGGCCGAGAGAUGUUCAACCAGUUCCUCGCGCUGCUGGCACGACAACCAGCGCCGAGCGAAGAGCCGACUCCGGCGAGGAUGACGACUGGUGAGACCGCGGACGCCACGAUGUCGACCCCGAGAGCCUGGCAAGGAGACGCAUUCUCCUUCGACGCGUUGAGGCCGUCGCUACCUCUUGCGAGCGAGACGCAAGGCGAGGUAUCGACAGUAACGCCAGCCGGUGCGACGUUCGACACGAGAAGAACGACGAGGCACCCUUCUUCGACGCCAGCUUCGACGCCUGUGGGAAUGCCGAUGGCUGCGAUCCCGUCAUACGGUGGCGUGACCAUUCAAGUACCGGGUACCAGCACGGCGCGGCACGCCUGA